AACUUAAUUUUGAACGUUUCAUUGAUUCAGUUUGAUACUAAUACAUCUCAUGUUCCGGUCAAUCAGCAUAUAUCUACUUUCUUAAAACGUGAAAGAGAAUCCAACGGAUGAUAAUAUUCUCACUGGUCCAUCCAGUUGCCAUAAUCUUCUAGUCAUGGUAAUAGUACGUAGUAACACAAAGUCACGAACUGCCGCAUUCUUUCUCAUGAUGUUUUGCCAACAAAGUUUCUCAAGACAUACCGAUAUGAAAUACACUGUAGGGAUUGUUAAGCAGAACAAUAUAAAAAUGGCCAACUCCCCCAACUUAGUAUUACGAAGAAUUGAUGAUAUCAUAAAGUCUGAAGAGGACAAAAGGUCUUAUCGAGGAUUGGAAUUGUCAAAUCACAUGAAAGUCCUUCUUGUAAGUGAUCCUACCACUGACAAAUCUGCUGCAGCUAUGGAUGUAAAUGUUGGUUACUUAAGUGAUCCGAAAGACGUACUAGGGCUUGCCCACUUUUGUGAGCAUAUGCUAUUUCUGGGAACUAAGAAAUAUCCUAAUGAAAAUGAUUACAAUAAAUUUUUGAGUGAACAUGGUGGUAGCACCAAUGCCGCUACUUAUCCUGAUCAUACUCUUUACUAUUUUGAUAUAGUACCUGAAAAGUUGAAUGAAGCUCUUGAUAGGUUUUCCCAGUUUUUUAUCACUCCACUAUUCACAGAGAGUGCAACUGAAAGAGAAAUAAAUGCUGUGAAUUCAGAGCAUGAGAAAAAUAUACCAAGUGAUUUGUGGAGAUUAGAUCAACUUGACAAGCAUUUAUCAAAUCCUGAACAUCCCUAUAACACAUUUGGAACAGGCAAUAAACACACUUUGAUAACGCUUCCCAGAGAAAGAAAUAUAAAUGUGAGGGAAAAACUUUUAGAAUUCCAUUCAACAUGGUACUCAUCAAAUAUUAUGUGCCUAGCUGUGCUAGGAAAAGAAAGUCUUGACGAGCUGGAAGAAAUGGUGGUGAAAUUAUUUGCUACGGUAGAAAAUAAGGAUGUUCAGGCUCCUGUUUGGAAAAAUCAUCCUUAUGAAGAUGAUCAAUUGAAAUCAUUAGUUUACAUUGCUCCUGUGAAGGAUGUGAGGAAUUUAAAUAUAAUUUUUCCUUCUCCAGAUCUAACUGAGUUUUAUAAGUCUGCGCCAGGCGGCUAUAUAAGUCACUUGAUUGGCCAUGAAGGUCCAGGAAGUAUUUUAUCAGUUCUAAAAUCUAGAGGUUGGUCGAGUAGUUUGGUCGCAGGAAGUAAGCCAUCUCCUAGAGGCUUCGGAUUCUUUGGAAUUGCUGUAGACUUGACCGAGGAAGGAAUGAAUCAUGUUGAUGACAUCGUUCAACUUGUUUUUCAGUAUCUGAAUAUGCUGAAAACAGAGGGACCCCAGAAGUGGGUUCAGGAAGAAAAUAGAAACAUUGCUCAAAUGGUAUUCAGAUUCAAAGACAAGGAAUCGCCAAGAAAUUAUAUCACAAGUUUAGUUCAUACUAUGCAAGAAUAUCCUAUGGAACAUCUUUUAUGUGCAAAUUAUAUGUUGUCUGAAUGGCAACCAGACCUUAUAAAGAAGGUUUGGAGUAAUUUUGUACCAGAAAAAGUAAGGAUAACGGUCAUUGCUAAAAAAUUUGAAAAUGAUCUUGAAAACACAGAACCUUGGUAUGGAACUAAGUACAAGAAGAUUGCUAUUUCAGAAGAUUCUCUUAAGUCUUGGGAAAAUGCAGGUCUAUGCUCCGAGUUGAAAAUGCCAGAAGUUAACGAAUUCGUUCCUACUGAUUUCCACUUGUAUCCCACAGAUGAUGAUGUUACAGAGUUUCCUAUAAUAAUAGAAGACACUCCUUUGACCAGGGUAUGGUUCAAACAAGAUGAUCAAUUUUUACUACCCAAAGCAAAUCUUAUGUUUGAUUUUGUUAGUCCUCUGGCAUAUUUGGAUCCUCUAAACUGCAAUCUCACUCACAUGCUAGUGCAAUUAUUCAGAGAUGCUUUAAACGAGUACGCAUAUGCAGCUGAGCUUGCAGGUCUUAAAUGGGAGCUGAUCAAUACAAAAUAUGGGUUAAUUCUUGGCAUUGGAGGUUACAAUAAUAAACAACACAUUCUUCUGGCAAAAAUAAUGGAGAAGCUCACUAAUUUCAAAGUAGACUCUAAAAGAUUCAAUAUCCUCAAGGAAAAUUAUAUACGCAACCUCAAAAAUUUUGAAGCAGAACAACCUUAUCAACAUGCAGUUUAUUAUUUGACAGUUUUAUUGACCGAACAUUCCUGGACUAAACAAGAACUACUCUCUGCAACCGAUCAAAUCACAAUUGAACGACUGGAAGCUUUUAUUCCCCAGGUGCUUUCCAAAAUGCACAUUGAAUGUUUAGCUCACGGAAACAUUAAUAGAGAUAAAGCCCUCGAAUUGGUUCACAUUGUGGAGGAUAGUUUGACAUCGACUAAUAGCAUGUCUCCCUUAUUACCGAGGCAAUUGUUGUUGAACAGAGAACUAAAACUGGAAGAUGGGUGCCAUUAUUCUUAUGAAGUCAAAAAUGAGGUCCACAAGUCAUCUUGCAUUGAACUUUACUAUCAGUGUGGACUUCAGUCUAAAGAAAACAAUAUCAAGCUUGAAUUGGUUGCUCAAAUUCUGCAGGAACCAUGCUUCAAUAUUCUACGUACAAAGGAGCAAUUAGGCUAUAUAGUUUUCAGUGGAGUAAGGAGGUCUAAUGGUGUUCAGGGUUUACGAAUAAUAGUACAAUCUGAUAGACAUCCCACUUACCUGGAUACCAGAAUUGAAGCAUUCCUUGACACUAUGAUGGAAUAUAUUUCUGAUAUGAGUGAGGAGGAGUUUUUGAGACAUCGUGAAGCGUUGGCCGCUCAUCGAUUAGAGAAACCCAAGCAACUGAGUACUUUGACUAAUAGAUUUUGGGUGGAAAUCACAUCUCAGCAGUAUCACUUUGACAGAGCAAAUAAUGAGGUAUCUUAUUUGAGAACACUUUCAAAGAAAGACAUUAUCGAAUUUUAUGAGGAUGUUCUCAAAAACAAAGCUGCACGAAGAAAGAAGCUUUCUGUACAAGUGGUAUCAAUGGCAGAAGGUGGAGCUGGCAAAGUGAAUGAAACAAGAUGUCCCGAAGAAAAUGGACCUACUGCCUCAGUAAUAAAUGAUAUUACAGUAUUCAAGAGCAUUCACGAGAUGUACCCUCUAGUGCAACCAUAUAUAAACAUUACUAGGAAAGGCAAUAAGUGCAAACUUUGACAAACUUUAUAGUAUUUUAGGAACUAACUUUGUUGAGCAUAAUUUUAUUGAAUGUUUUAAGGUACUUACAGGAUCUGUUUCGAAAACAGAAUGCACUCAACCGCAACUUGCAACUCAUUAAAGUUAAUUCUAUUUUGAUUUACCUACAUUUCACUUGGACUCGACUCCAACGAACCAGGGUUUUAAAAAAGGAUUUCUAUCAAAAGUAUAAAUCUUAAGGAUGUUCCUCUGAGAAAUUAUUAACUUUCUGUUUUCCAUCAAUGUGAAUAAUAGGGGGUCAUUGUGAAAUUUAUUUAAUGACUCUUGAUAGUAAGUGGAAGUCACAAAUCCAGAAUGUCACAAGUUUUAGUGGAUUGCAUGCCACGUUACUAACCAUUAACACUUUUUUUGAAACACUGUUCUACUAGAAGUAUGUCAUACUGAACCAUGGCUGAGAAGUGGAGCUAGCCAUAACUAAAAAUGAGAAAUUGGUUAGAUAUUGGUGACUAACAAUAAUAUAAUAUUUAUUCACCAUUGAUUUGCCUUCCAGUAUCAAUCUAGUAAUAUCUCCCAAAUAAAGGAUUAUUAACGCCAAUAAUACUUUUGCAUCAGGUAUUUCGAGAGAUUUUUUUUGACAUAAACAAUAUCAUGUAACAAUUUCAAUUUGAAAUAACGACCAAAUUGGAGGAGCUACCUUAAAACUAGAGAACAUUUCUUGUUUCAUCAAUUCAAAAUAACUAUUCACCAAUUUUAUAUUUGCGCAGUGCCAAAUCAUGACUAUUUUGAAGACAUCAAAAUGUCAUACUGCAGUAUUUCUUGAGAAACCCUGGUAUUUAAUGAAUUGUGAGGUGGCUGGCGUGCUCUUUUGAAAAUAGACCAUCUAGUUUA